UCCGCUCACUACAGCCAGCCGUCACUUGCACUGGGCGGCCGGGUAUAGGGGCAGCCAAUGGCCGGGGGCAGGGAAAGUCCCCUCUGUCAGGCCGCUCCCCCUCUCGCUGUGUACACAGCUCACGUCACGUUACAUGUGAGAGGUGUCCGGGAGGUUGGGGCGCCCGGUGAUCUGUGAGCCAGGGAGAAUCGGCACCAAGCUGCAGCUAUCAUCACGGGACAGGCCGCCGUGUCACCCGGGGGAGGGACAAGUCACAUGAUGUCAGGUGUAAGGGCUGCCUGCUGUUGCUGCCGGUGACGCGCUUCCAGGCCGGAACAGGAGCCGGGGUCCCCCGUACCUCGGAGGCCCGGACAUGGAGUGUGAGAGGAUGGAUAGCCUGGACGGCUGGGUGGCCGUGCGCCCAAACGUGUUCGAGGAGCCGGAGCCAUACAGACUGGGCUUCAUCGUGGCCUGGAACCAGGUGGAGAGCAAGUUCGCGGUGACCUGUCACAACCGGACCCUGCAGCGGAGGAGGCGGAGGGAGGAGGAGGAGGACGGGGAGCAGAGCAGCUGGGCCGGGCUCUACACCGUGCAGGACCUGCAGCAUAUUCACCGGCAGCUCAGCUCGGUAUGCAGCACCCUGGAGCAUUGCUUCCCCCGCCUGCCUGACCCGCAGCCUGCCGGGAGCAUGUGGACGCUGCUGUUCCCCGGAGCCCCGUCUUGGGAGGGCAGCACGGAGGAGCUGGACGCCGUGUGCCGGACCCUGGAGGUCUACCUGGGCCACGCCAUAGAGCAGUGCGGCCGCCGGAUAGUGCUGGAGCUGCUGUUCCCGGAGGACGCGCAGGACGCGGAGCGCUACUAUGAGAACAUGCACGAGUUCCGCAGGAAGAGCCUGGAGGAGCAAGUGGCCCGGGCCAAGGAGAACCUGCGCACGAUACUUCAUCAGCACAAAAAUGCAGAGAAAAUGAUGUGUUUACUUAAAGUUUAUGAAGAAGAAGAUGAAGCAUUUAUGGAACUGGUUUCCGUGGCAACCCAAUUCUACCAGUACUUACUGCAACCUUUCAGGGAUAUGAGAGAGCUGGCAAUAUUAUACAAGCUGGAAAUACUGAAAUCCCUGGAAUUGGAUGAUUUGGGUCCAAAACGCAUUGAGGCAUUGCAAAAGGAAGCUGAUAAAUGGAACGCAAGAGCAAAAGAGGCUGUGAGCUCUAUACAGAGUGUGACUGUGAACUAUUUCAAGGAGACUGAAAAAGCCCUGGCUGCAAUGCAAAAACAAAUGGAGCUGGAUAGAAGGAGAUUUGGACAAACCACUUGGUCAUCUGUGCUGCCCAGACUGGAAAGGAUAAAAUCCAUGUUGGCAAAAGAAUCUCUUCAGCAUAUGAGAUCAAAGGAGCUGUGCCUGAACCAGAAGAGGGCUGAUAUCAAACGGAAUAUGAAAAACCUGAGUGAGACUGACGAGGCGAUGGCACUGGUGGAUGAGCUGGAGCUGCAGUACUACGAGACACAACUUGAACUGUAUGACGUUCAGUUUGAAAUACUGAAGCAUGAAGAGAUGUUGCUUCUGGCAGAACUGAAUGCACUGCGGAGACAAAUGAAGGAGAAGCAGGAGGAGGUAGUCUACUACGACACAUGUGAAGAUCCCCAGGAACUACAAACAUUCGAGCAGUCCCAUAACAAUCACAGUUCAAUGUACAUGAUGCUCCGUGGGAAGUCACAGCAGCUGGAGUCUAAACGGGUGGAUAUCUGUGCAAGACGUGCUCUGCUGCGGAACAAAAAAGAUCAGUGCAUAGAGGCACAGGAGCUAAAACAAAAACAGUACCAAGAAUCCCAGAAGCAGAUCCAGCAGCAUCACUGCGCGCAGAUGAAAAAGGACAAAAAAAAGGAAGAAGAGAGAAAGAAAAAAGAAUGGGUCGAUCAGGAACGUCAAAAAACACUACAGCGAUUAAAAAGCUUUAAAGAUAAAAAAGAAUCGAAUGUCGUAUUGAAAACCUCUCGAAUACAGUCUCGUUUUUCCAGUAAUUCUCACGAGAACUUAAAACCCUCCUGUAUAGCAAAGGGGCACAGAAGUCACCCAGUAGAUAUCCCCGUGCAGAUCUUUGUUCAGAAGGGAAAUUUUGAUCAUGGAAUUCCUGAUGAUUCCACAUCAGCCAGUCACUUUCCACAACCACCUACUGUGCCACCACCACCACCUCCUCCACCAGCUCCGCCUCUUCCUCCUCCACCACCACCACCACCUUUACCACCCUUCACUCCUCUUUUGGCAGGCUCUGUUCCACUACCUCGUGCAGUAGAGACUCUAAAACCUAAUGAACCUCUAAUGUUGGUAGAUAAAACCAAACCAGCCAUAUCAAAAACACACUUGAACCAACAUUCAGGUUCCAUGGAAGAAGUGUUGGCUUCAUUGAAGCGAGGGGAAAAUCUUCUACAUAAGGUGGUACAAACACAGGUGCCUGUUGGCAACAUAAGAGACAACAUCCUAACUGCUAUUAAACAAGGAGUAAAACUGAGGAAAGUCAGCAAAGACCAUGUGAAGAAAGAGCAAGAAAGUGAGCUGGAGCAGAGCAUUAAGGCAGCCAUGCAGAGAAUGAAAAAGGUAUCCUCGGACUCUGAAGAUGAAGAGAAGAGUGAAUAUGUAAGUGGUGAAUGGGACACAUAAUGCCCCUGAGCAGAAGUGUGACCUGCCUUUCACUCUAACUUCUCCACUAUUAAAUAGAACAAUAUCCGGAGGCACUGAAGUCAGGUCCUGCUUGCUUCCUAUUGGCUGUGUGAUGUAACGGCUCUCAGUAGGCAUCCACUCUACAUGGCUUCAAGAAAACGUAAACCCAGCAGCACUGCUCUCCAUUGCGCUUUCAGCAUGGAUCUUUUUCACUGGGUGAUUUCACAAAUAUAUCCCUUAACAUAGAAGUCUACCUACUAUGGAUUUACUUUACAUUUUAAUUGACUACAUCACAAUGUGAGGAAACUCCUCCAGUUGGCAUCUUGUAAUUUUAUAUUUUGUUUCAAAAUAUUAAUAUGCACUGGACAUUUAGUUACGAAAGCUAUUUUAUUAUACAUAAUUAUUAGUUAAUGGUAAGUUGGGUCAUUUUUAAAGGGCUCCUUGCUGCCAAAUGCAUGUACAUCAAAUAGUUGAAGACCUUUUCUAGCAUUCUGAAAUAUACCUGAAAAAGUUUUUCAUGACAUCACUUGUAUGCAGUAUUGAUAUGUAGCAGAGCGUAGUCUCUACUUUUCCUGUUCUGUUGUUCUAAGAUCCUGUCAGAUUCUGCAGGUUUUAUCACAUUUUGCUUGGGAAGCAGUGAGCAUCCCGGCAGUCUGACCGACCUCAAAAUCCCAGAACAACGCCUGCCAACAUCCCGAAGUAUGGGGGUGGUUAGGGCCCGGGGGGAUUUGGGUUAGGCACUAGAGGGGGGGGUUAGCUGUAGCCUCCUCCCCCACUAUCUUAGCCCUAGCCGCCACCACAGGCGGGUUAGGGUAGGGGGCGGGGGAGGUGUAAUAUAAUGACCCUGUCAGCAUUCUAAUUGUCGGGAUGCCGGUGUUGGUCCCGGCCGCCAGCCUCCUGUAUCACACCCUUUUGCUUAGCUAGUGCAAUCCAGAGUCUCACAAAGAUGAGAUGUGCUGCAUCAUGCCUCACUAACACCAGCCAAUCAGGGUCAUUUAAGGCCUGAACAUGUGUGCAUAUGCUUUGGCCUUCCAUCCUGAAAAUACGGUGCAUGUGCACAAGGCGGCCAAAAUUUGAGCGGGUACACGGAUGCCCCAUGACUCGGGUCGGUGUACGCUACACACCCUGCACUUAGUCUUUGAUCUAAAAUCACGGUGUGUAAUCAGCUCUGUUACUGACAUGCUUUAGAUCCUAAUAACCUUUUAAGAUUCUGCAGUAAUUCUGGCAAGGAAUAGAGUAUUGACAACACAUAAAUCAAUAUACAGUUUACUACACAUUGGCAAGCGGUUGCUAUAUAACAUAUGAAAUUAAAAGAUCCUGUUUUAAACUUUAUAUACCAAUAGUGCACCUAGCGUAUCAAAUGACUGAAAUUCUAGAAAAGGUGGCUAUAUAAUUAACUAUACAUUUUCGGAACUUCAAGCAGCCUGAGAAGUAAAGUGCAUGUAAUGACCAGUCUCGCUGGUCCACAUCUACUGUAUAUCCGAGUUAAAUGGAGUGAAUAUGCUCCUAUUUCCCUUUACUCCAGGUAGGAUUCAAAAGUGUUUGUAAUAACAGAUCCUCUAGACAAAUCUAGCGCUGUCCCAAUGAUUACACUCAAAUGCGAGUAAGUAGGAGGACACAACAUCAAGCAAAUAUUACCUAUUCUCGACUGUGGGAGAUUGUAGUAUUUCCUGCCCGGCCAAUGGGCUGACAUCUCCACUGUGGGAGGAUGUGAGCUGUGUAAUCACUGCAAGAGCCUCCGUUGUCCUGGCUGAGAUAUGGCUCCGUGCAAGAGACCCGUUUGGCACAGCCGAGGGAUAGUCAGCAGGGGGAUUCCUUUCUCUAAUGUGUUUCACUCCUAGCUGGGAGCUUUAUCAAAGAAUGCAUUAGAUCCUGGUGUUCAUCUAAAGAUUCUGCACCAUUUAUUGUAUCACUGACUUAAGGGGGGUACACACGGAGAGAUCAGUGCUUAAAUUCUAAGCAAUCUGACGGGAUUGCUUAGAAAUUGAGCACGGAUCUCUCUGUGUGUAGGGUGCUGGCGACAGCGAUGCGCGGCGCUAGCGCCGGCUCUAGAUUUGGCAUGGAUGCAUGCCAAAUCUAGUGAGAUCGCUCAUUUCUCCGUCCAUUCAUUCUGAUUUCACCCCUGGAAUAAAGCAGUUGGUGAAAAUACAUCAAGGCACAAUGGUGGUCAUUCAGAGUUCGCUCGUUGCCGAUUUUCGCUAUGCUGCGAUUUGUUGCUGCAUGCGCAUGGUACGCAGAGCGCAUGCGCUAAGUUAUUUAACACAAAACUUAGUUGAUUUGCUGGUGUUCGUGCGGCGCUUUUCAGUUGCACUGCUGAUCAGUGAAUGAUUGACAGGAAAGGGGCCUUUCUGGGUGGUAACUGAGCGUUUUCCGGGAGUGUGCUAAAAAACGCAGGCGUGUCAGGGAAAAACGUGGGAGUGGCUGGAGAAACGGAGGAGUGGCUGGCCAAACGCAGGGCGUGUUUGUGACGCCAAACCAGGAACUAAACGGACUGAGCUGAUCGCAAUCUAGGAGUAGGUCUGGAGCUACUCAGAAACUACAAGAAAAUAUUUAGUAGCAGUUCUGCAAAUCUUUCGUUCGCUAUUCUGCUAAGCUAAGAUACACUCCCAGAGGGCGGCGCCUAGCGGGUGCAAUGCUGCUAAAAGCAGCUAGCGAGCGAACAACUCGGAAUGAGGGCCAAUGUAUAAGUAAUCUCAUGAACUUUUUAGUAAAAAAACAACAAACAUGGCUGUAGGUGGAAUGCCGUCACUGACAAAAUGUCUAACAAAUGUCACUGGGUGUUUUGCCAUUCAAGAUGAUUUUUUUCAGAUUUGGCAGAUACUGGGUAGUUAUGGUAAUUAAAGCAUUUAACCAUACUUGUCUUGUAUAGUGUAUAAUUUAACAGAGCACAGCUAACUGAAAUAACAUUUUAAACAAAGUGAGACACAGAUGGCCAAAAUCAGUCCAUGUUACCUCUUCACGUUUGUAUUGAAUACACCUGUGCCACAGAUGCUCAGUAAAACUUACUUAGUUAGGGGUCUUGUGGACCAAGUUUGGCGACCGCUGAUAAAGGCUUUAUGUGGAAAUAGAUAAAUUGCUUCUAUAAUAUUGAGACUGCAAAAGAAAUCGUUUUGGGUAAAGUAACUUUACAGGUAAGUAAAUUGAGAAAUCAAAAUAAUGAAAUUGCUGCAUCAGAGCAUUGCUCAGCAGACAUGUAUAAAAGAAUGAAAUCUAAGCCAGAGUUUGAGUAAAAGUCCCUGAUGGGCUGUGAUUCCCCAUUGAGAUGUCAUAGCAGCCCUUAUGGAGCCGACGUUUUUAUUACUGUGCGUGUGUGAGAGUUGUACUACGCAUGUGACGCAAUGGUCUUGCAACCGCUCGCAAUGUGGAUUAGGACGCAGAGUGAUUAACAGAUAGCGACCGUUUGUGGGAGGCAAUGUGUGUGUCGCAGCCGUUUCAGGGGCAUCGCUUUGCGCAGUGGUUCUGGUGUCUUACUUGUGGGACGUUCUGAGCAAUAAUAUGGUACAAACGAUGUUCCUCUGAUGCUGUGCCUUUGUAUGCAAAUGGUGGAUCUGAGGAGUCGGUGAUGGGUGUCUCUACAAACAGCAGUGCCUGCGACAUUUGCAUAUCUUCUCAGAUCUGCAGUGCACAAAUAUGCAGCAGCGAUGCAACUAGUGGCCAUCUCUGAAUCAGGCCCUUAUACUUCUGACCCUUGAUGACAUCACACAGUCCUUCUGUGGGUGAACUUGAGGGCAGACUGGAUUCUGGGCAGUGUGGGCUUAGUUAUAUCUGUCCUGUGAAUCACCAAGAGAUGCCUUAGAACAGUGAUGGCUAACCUUGACACUCCAGCUGUUGUUGAACUACACAUCCCAGCAUGCCCUGCAUCAGUUUUAGCAUGGCCAAAUAACAAAACUGUAGCAGGGUAUGCUGGGAUGUGUAGUUCAACAACAGCUGGAGUGUCAAGGUUAGCCAUCACUGCCUUAAAAUAUGGUAUUAGAUACAGAAUAAAACUGAAAACCUGCUAAAAUGUUUCAUUAGUUAAUAAAUGUAUUAUUUUAAUA